UUUCCCCAGUAAAGGUUUGCCACCGAUGGAUCCGCCACCCAACCAUCCCACCGCCACCGGCCACCCUGAUUCAGCCGCCUCCUCCCCUCCCUCCCACCAUAACGAAUCUCUGCCACUGGUUCCCGGGGCCAAGCUGCGGCUCGUGUGCAGCUACGGCGGCCACAUUAUCCCCCGUCCCCACGACAAAGCGCUCUGCUACGUCGGCGGAGACACCCGCAUGGUGGUGAUGGAGCGGAGCUCCUCCCUGGCCGACCUCUCCGCCCGCCUCUCCCACACCCUCCUCGACGGCAGGAAGUUCACUCUCAAGUACCAGCUCCCCACCGAAGAUCUCGACUCGCUCAUCUCCGUCGCCACCGACGAGGAUCUGCAGAACAUGAUCGAAGAAUACGACCGGAUCAGCUUGAGUCCGGCGGAGCCGAAGCUUUCUCGCCUCCGCUUGUUCCUCUUCUUUUCCAAGCCUGAAACUGUGGUUUCCAUGGGAUCUCUACUCGACGACGCCAAGUCCGAGACAUGGUUCGUUGACGCGCUGAACGGCGCUGCCCUAAUUCCCAGAGGGCUCUCCGACUCGGCCGCCAUGGAAGGCCUGCUGGAGCUUGAUAACGGAGACGUGGAUGCCCAGAACGAACUCGCCGACGCCAAGAAGCGAGUGAAAAAUGGCCAGGAGGUCAUGGACACCAGUUCGUCAUUUGGAUCGAGCUCUUCCACUCCUUCAAUGGCGAACUUGCCUCCGAUCACGGUGAGAGAUGAAGACGCCCAGAUGGUUGGGUUGCACGAACACUUUUCGCAUUUGGCUGCUGCUUCCGGUGCUGUUCAAAAGCAAGACGAAGAGUUGGCACUUUUGGCAGGUCAUCCGCCGCUGCUUUCCACCGUUAAUAUCGCCGCCACCGGAGCUAGCUAUUCCACGGCCGUUCCCGGCGAGCUCGGAAGCAGAAUUCUGUCUGAUGAUGAGAGGUCUGAUGGGGGGGCGCCGACGGGCCUGAGGAAACCUCCAUUGCCGCUGCAAGUACAAAAGAAGACUGUUGAUGCUUACAAUUUGCCGUCGCCUGAUUCCAGACUUGGCGGGGGUUUCAAUCUGCCAUCGCCUGAUUCAGUAGCAAGUGAUUCAAGUAUUGCAUCUCUAUCUUCUCUGUCAAAGCACCCAGUUUUCCAGGAUCCGACCCAUGUGACAGCCACCAAUGAUACCAUGUCCAAUAUCUUGGAUCCAAGCCCUCAAACCCAUAUCCAACAAGUUCAGGAUCCAGCCUACGCGCUGCCCCCGCAGCAAACUCAUCAACAAUUUGUCCACUCAACCGCACAUUAUGUCCACCACCCUGCAGCCGCCGCUCAAGUCCCAAUCUCAUCUUACUAUCAAAUGUAUGCUCCUUCGUCGCAGCAACAGCUCCACCACCAAAUCGACCAGCAAUAUUACCUAUUACCAGUUGCCCAAACCCAAGUUAACCCAGCCUACAACUUCCCUCCACAGGCUAAUAUCGCCGACGCCACGGCGGUGGCCUCCAGCCGGCCGCCGCUGCCUCCAACUUCCACCAUGGUUGCUCCCUCAGCGGUUUACAAAGAAGCUGUUCCACCAAUUUACCCGGCAAAGGCUGCUGCUCCGGCUCUACUCCAAGUUCCCGGCAAUCAGUUUCAACAGCAAUAUGUGGGCGUUGCUCAAAUGCACCACCCAUCUCAGCCCACUGCUGCAGCUUCUGCGGCCGGUGCUAAUUAUGGUGUUGAAUACAAUGCUCAUCCAACGCAUGAUCAGUUUUACUAUGCUCAGCACCCGGCGCCGCCCCAGUAUCAGACCAUGACCACAACUGCGGCGGCGUUGUUUUCGCAGGCUUCGGCAGCGCAGUUGCUGGCGGACAACUCUUCUCAGCAGAUCAGAACCUCGCAACCGUUAUAGCUGAGCAAAAUUGAGCAACUGGAGGAGAAAUUAUCAUCUGAAAUAAAUGUGCUUUUUUUUUAGUCGAUCAACUACAUAUUUUGCUAAUAAGGAAUUAACUAGUUCUUCCUCUUCCUCUU